AUGGCUAGUAGGAGUAUUUUCCAGAUGAAGAGAUUGGUUUUCUUCAGCUUCUUGAUCUUGUGCUUGAUUGUUGUCGUUUCCGGAAAGGGCGCAAUCUAUACUCCUCCGGAUGUAGAGAAAGUUACUGAUCAGUUUAGUCGAAUUUCGGUUAAUCAAGGUUUUAAUGUGUUAUAUGGAGGAUCCAACAUCCACCAAACAAACAAUGGCACCAAUGCUGAUCUUAUUUUGGACAAAACCUCAGGGUCUGGAUUAAUAUCAACGAACAAAUACUUCUAUGGAUUUUUCAAUGCUGCAUUGAAACUCCCUGCUGGAUUUACUUCUGGAGUUGUCAUAGCUUUUUAUAUGUCCAAUCAAGGAGAUUUCCCUAAAAACCAUGACGAAAUUGACAUGGAAUUGCUCGGACAUGAGAAAAGAAGAGACUGGAUUCUGCAGACAAAUUUGUAUGGAAAUGGAAGUACAAGCACUGGAAGAGAAGAGAAACUCUACCUCUGGUUUGAUCCGACACAGGAUUACCAUAACUACAGCAUCCUCUGGAACAAUCACCACAUUGUGUAUUAUGUGGACAAUGUACCAGUGAGAGAAGUGAUCCAUAACAAGGCGAUUGGUUCGGCGUAUCCAUCGAAACCAAUGUCAGUUUAUGUGACAAUAUGGGAUGGAUCAGAGUGGGCAACACAUGGAGGAAAAUACGGUGUAAAUUAUGCUUAUAGUCCAUUUGUGGCAUCUUUGAAGGGAAUUGAGUUGGAAGGCUGCAUUGUGCAGCAGAAGAACAACGGUUCGGGUAUAACAUGCGCUAAGAAGAGCAGUGUUUCGAGCUUGGAUCCAGUGGAUGGAACAGAGUUUUCAAAAUUAUCUGAUCUGCAAAACACAGGAUUGGAUUGGUCAAGAAGGAAGCAUAUGUACUACUCAUAUUGUCAAGAUACUGCCAGAUACAAGAUUCUGCCUCCAGAAUGCACUUCAAAAUGA